AUGUGGAAUAGGAGCUUGGUGUCACAAUCGCGACCCUCGAAAACCGUCAAAGCGAUGGCACCACAGUCGCAGGUCCCGGAGUCCCGUUUCGAGCCUUGCGCUUCCACGGCGUCGUUGUUCCUCUACGCCCAGGGCUCCGUGAUAUUAUGCUUGCAUCAUGAUACCUUGGCUGUGGAGCGUCGCUUCAGCAGCCAUCAGGAUAAUAUCGAUUUCAUCUCGGUGGAUAAUGUGAGCGAACGCGGUGCGGGGAGGCUGGUGGUCAGCUACGACGUAGGCCAAACCGCAAUUGUCUGGGAUAUUUUUACAGGCACCGAGAUUGCACGAUUUGCAUCUUUUGAGCUUUUGAGAGUUGCUUCUUGGAUGCGCAAUGGAAAUGUUGCAUUUGGUAAUGGCAAGGGCGAAGUAAUCCUCUUCGAGCCUCCAACUUCAGAGCACACUUCUGCACGCACAAUUUUCGACCCAAUUACAGCCCUUGCACCUGCAACAGACUGUCGCACAUAUGCGAUUGGCUAUCAAAAUGGAUCAAUAUUGAUCGCGAAUCUUCUCCCUCAAUUUACAAUUCUUCAUACGUUGACUACUUCCCGCGGCCCGUCACCAAUCCUUUCGCUGGCAUGGCAUGCCUCUUCAUCGAAACAGAAGUCGGAUAUGUUGGCAACACAAGCUUCUGAUGGGGAUUUACGAGUCUGGAGUGUGGCCAAGCCACCUGGAAAAGAACCCCCGCGAGUGAUUCGAGUGUUGAAAAGAUCUGAUUCAAGCUCUGCGGAUCCCAAAUGGAUGUCAUGGUCGAAGAAUGGGAGAAUUGUGCAGUAUCUAGAGGGGGAAACAUGGUCUUGGGAUGUUCGAACGAAGCACGUAACGUACGAGCCAAUCCCCACGAUCGACGGAGUACGAGGUAUGGCGAGCUAUGGACCGACUGCGACUCUUUUCACCAUUGGUCCGCAGGAUACAGUGCAGCAGUACGACCUGGAAAAUUCAGCUAUGGUCGCCAAUGUCCAAAUUCCUGCCGUCAGCUCUCGGUCGACCGCAUCUGAAGGAAGCCGAUCACGAACAAGGUCUCCACGUCGCCUACAAGAACCUCCUGAGAUUCGGGAAAAGGCAACCGGGAGGCGGACACCAUAUGAAGCGAAUGGUGUCGAUAGUGUGAAGCAGGCAAGAGCAGAUCUGAUCAGCCCUGCUUCAUCAAGAAGUCGGACAGAAUCGGUCAGCUCAAAAGCUUCGUCCGGGAAGUACAAGGCGGAGCGUCCAUUUUCACCACCAACUCGCUCUGCGCAGAGUGGGACGUCAUUUUCCAUGAGUGGUCGAGAUACUCCGCAGCCUUCCGCGUCGUAUCCAUAUGCUUCAUCUAUCUCGAUGUCCUCAGCGAAAAGCUCCCGAGCUGGAUCUCGACUGCGAAACGAGGUUCACUUGAGUCCCGCCGAAAGGAACAUUAUCGAUCUCUUCCCGUUUACCCGGGCGCGACUAAACGAUGUGCCCUUUAGACAAACACCGCCUCUUGAUGAAACUCAUCUUACUCCGGAUGAUUUGCGACAGCAGAUGCUAAGCGUAGUAUUUGGUUGGGGUGGAGAUAUUCAAGAUCUGCUUAGAGAUGAGCUGAGCCGCCACAAGGAGGGAAGUCAGAGCGCUAUUCUACUAACACGUUGGCUGGGUGAAAAUGACACUGAUCAAAUGGCGACCAUGCUCGGUGCCGGGCAAGUGACAAUGGCAGAUUGGAUGAUUUUGGCACUGAGCCAGAUGAGCGGGCAGACGCAAGCAAACAAAGUCGGACAAGCUUUUGUCCAAAAGUUACUCGAACUUGGAGAUAUCCACACGGCCGCUUCCGUUCUUCUUGGGCUUGGAGAUAGCAACGAUGCGAUUGAGGUUUAUGUUUCUCAAAACCAUUUCAUGGAAGCCAUCCUCAUGACUUGCCUCCUGAUGCCAACAGACUGGCAGCGUCAGUCAUAUCUCGUUCGUCGUUGGGGAGAAUAUGUGGUCUCUCAUUCCCAGCAGCAGCUCGCCAUCCGCUGUUUCAUGUGCACUGGUGCUGAACCGACCGAGCCGUGGACCUCACCAGCUGCUCAACAGGCUGCAUCUUUUGCAGAAAUCAUCCGAGGAAAGUCACCACUGGCAUCUCCUGAACCCUCACAGCCCCUCAGUGCUAGCCUCUUGCCACCUCCAAUCCGGCCAAAGUCUGGGUCAAGUCAACGCCCUGCUGGAAGAACCCCUUCACUAAAGCUCAUUACUUCCUUUGACUCGCAACCAAAUCAGCGAUUCCGCUUCCCCGGACUGAAGUCAGAUGAUCGCACUCCAACUAACGCACCCGGUGUCACUCCAAUUGCGGAGUCUGCUGUGGCUGACUCUGCGUUGUCCCCUGGUGGCUUUGGAUCAUACAAGCUCAACAAUAUCCAGAGUCUGAGCCAGGCGAUGACUUCGCGAACAAACACUCCUGCUUUCAACCGUCGUCGCCUACCCUCAAUUGGGGAGACCCCGGUCGAUGUUCAUCCACCAGCAUUCUCGCGGGCUGAUUCCUACAACACGAGCAACUAUGGCUCGACCUCAGAGAAUGACGAGGCAAGUGGUCAUGAGCAGAGCCAAGGUGAGCAAGCUGCAGAUAGUGGCUUGUUGACCUUGUCUUCUGCGAGAUACAACCCGACCCAGGAAGCUCAAUCCCAUAAACCCAGUCCCCAGACGGCUGUUCAAGCCCCAGAACAGUUUACCACCCUUAAAGGACUGCCAUCCCCGGCACCGGGCUUCAUCGAUGUACUGAAAGAGCAUUCUGAUAUUCGGAAUGGCUCGCGGCAUCGGAAGCCCGAUGGACUCCAGAUUGAACUAGUACAUACGGAAGAGGCUCCACCAGGCUCUCAGGAACGAUCUGGUCUCUUGCCCAGUGCCAAUAGCACUACUUCAACCUUGAACAGCUACACCUCAGCCAAAAGCCCUAGUGUUAGUGGCCGCAGCAUCGAUCAGUAUAUCAGCAGCCUGGAUGAGGCAAAUCAUCACGCUAGGAAGCAUAAAGGUCACCGUACACCUGGCCGUGGCCGGCGAAACACAGAUGAGACCGGCAGCCAACAAGACUCUCCAGCUCAUCAUUCUCGCGAAGCAUCUCAGGAAAUUCGAGGUCGUAAUGAGCGUCGAUACAUUCAGCCUGCUAAACGAUCGCCCUCGUCACCAGUGCCCAUGUCACCGGAGGAGUUGGCUCGGUACCACAACGGAGGAACUGAACAGCCAGACGAAUCGCGUAAGAAGGGAUCUUCUCGCGCUAGAAGUGGAAGUAAGAUGAAAAAAGCUGGAUCGCGAAGCCGCCAGCGCUCGUCCAGCCGACACACCUCAAACCGCCUGAGAGGAGACAAACAGGAUCCCUCUACUCGCGGUCGUAGUGUUGACCGUACCGGAUCUGCUGUGCGAUCGCCGUCGUCGCCUUUACCCAUGUCUUUGCCCGGCCAAGACGUCCCCCAGCCAGAUGAUGCAAAGGACCCGCUUCGGCUUGUUUCCGGAGACCGACAGCGCCUACGCUCCCACCACCGAAGUGCCAGUCGCCGCCGCGCGGAGCGGGGAACUAGUUCGAAGCGUGAUGGCUCUCCAGAGUCCAGGCACAGGCCGUCUCAGAGCGUACCCGAGGUUCGCCAGCCUCCAGAGCCAGAAGUGCCUGUAGAGGCAGGGGGACUCGAGCAAUUGAGCGCCAAGGUCUUCGGCCAGGAGGAUUUAUUCCUCAAUGGGAGCAGCUACAGCAGGCCUGACCCCGUCUCCGAUGAUGCUCAGGAGUUGGUAUCCCCAACGACACCUUUCGUCAGCCUGGCUGAGAAGAAAAGAAGAGAACUUGCAGCUGCUGAACUUGAAGCUCGCCGUCUUUCUCUUGCUCGCAACCCAUCUGCCCCAAACAUUCCCUUCCCAGGCGAACUGCAAUUUGCUCGAAGCCCAGUGGAAAGUCCGCCUCCCGUAGCUGGACAUUCUUACUUCCCGCGCGCUCCAUCUCGAAACAAGAUCCAGCCAAGCAAGAGCUCCCCUGAGUACCCGAGCAGCUCGGAUUCCAGCUCUUCCCGGUCUGGUGUCCCUGUAGGACUACCUGCCACGCCCAGAGCAAUGAGACACCCCAAGUACGGUGGCAAUAGGCACGGAGAAGAACGACCUCCCUCGGUCCCGAACAUCCCCGCUGAUUACUCAAAUGGGAUGCUCCUCUCAGACGCCCGAUACCAAGUUGAGGCUGAGAGAAUUGGCCGCUCGAUGUCCGUUCCCAUGGCAGAACUUCAAGCCAACAAUGCCUCAGUCCCGUCCGAUAUCCCCAUGCACCCAAGGUUCAACCCCCAUCUUCCACGCAGCCGCUCAAACAGCCGUAGCCGGAACAUGGGCCAUCGACGCACCAGCUCUGGCGGCUAUGCAUCUGGCAGUUCCCCUAAUGUGACGACCUUCAGCACCGCAGGUCGAGACAAUUCCGCCUCCCCCCUUCCGCCUAUUCUCCCCGAGCUGCAGCAUCUCAAUACACCUCCGCCCCCACCCCCAAUUCCAAUCACUUCAAAUGCGACCUCGCGCCCGGAGUCAUCUGCCACAAUCGACAUUGCCAUCGACAACGUAAACAUGGGGCGCCUGCUACCCCGCGCUAUGACAGCCGCCCCUGCAUUGAGUGGACCUGAUCCCCGUCAGAAUGCGAGCCGGCGGAUGUCAUUUGAACAUCGACGCAACCGAAGCUCGAACGAAAGCUUCGCAAACAAGCUGCGCAGUUUGACUCGUAUGCGCAGCAACAGCCGCAGUGUGGAGCCGUGGGGAAACACUGAAGCUGAAUGGCCAUAUGAGAGUGUGUCGUCGCACGGUCAGAGCAACGGCAUCUAG